UGUUUCAUCAGAAUACAUAAUAUAUCAAUGGAGGAGGCAUUAAUGGGAAGAAAUCGAGGUCAAGCUCGAGGAAUUGCAGGUCUUCUAGCGAAAAUAGCUCUACCAAAAUCAUCAACAGCAGAUGUGCCUCCACAAACACCUCCUCAGAAUGUAGAACGUUCUGUGCGUGACACAGCAAAACUUCCAGGACCUUUUCAGGCUCAGCCUCCUCUGGAAGAACCCCUCAUCCCGGGGGGAGAAUCCACCUCAGGUUUGGGCAGAGGUGCCCUAAGAGGAAGACGAAUUCUUAUCCCUGAGAUUCUUAACACUCGUCCACAACACGUCGCCAGCAACAAAAGGGGAUCUUCUGGACAGGGAAUUCUCCUGGAGGCGAAUUAUUUCAAAGUAAUUGAAAAGCCGGAUUGGUGCCUGCAGCAGUACCGAGUCGAUUUCCACCCUGAGGAGACUAAUACUCAUAUUAAAAAAGGACUUGUGCGUCAAUGUUCCAAGCAGUUGGGGUCCUACAUUUUUGAUGGGACAGUGCUCUACACAACUCACAAUUUAACAGCUCAAGAGAAUUUGGAACUGACGGCAAUACGCCAACAGGACGCAGCAAAAAUCUGCAUCACCAUCAGAUCCGUUGGUGAACUUGUCAAGGGUGAUCCUCACUAUCUCCAAUUCUACAAUAUUUUGACCAGAAAGUGCCUGGAAUUGCUGAACCUCCAGCUGGUUGGAAGAAAUUAUUUCGAUGCAAACUCUAAAAUUGAAAUCAAAGAAUACAAACUCGAGUUGUGGCCUGGGUAUAUCACCUCGAUUCGUCAGCAUGAGUCUGAUAUUCUGAUGUGCGUCGAGAUAAAUCAUAAAGUAAUGAGACAGGAGACACUCCUCCACAUCCUGGAGAGAGUGAAAACAGAGAAUCCUUACGAUUACCAGAACGUCUUCAAGUCAGAAGUGAUUGGAGUCACAGUCUUAACUGGUUACAACAAUAACACUUAUCGUAUCGAUGACGUGGAUUUUAAUGAAAGUCCUAUGGGAACCUUCCAGAGCAAAGGGGAGACAAUUCGUUACAUGGAUUAUUAUAAAAAUAAAUACGGAAUUGUGAUCACAGUGAAAAAUCAGCCGCUCUUCGUCAGUCGAUCCUCAGCUCGUGAUCGUCGUGCUGGAAAGAACGAUAUUAUUUAUUUGGUUCCUGAAUUGUGCAGAGCCACAGGCCUCACUGACGAGAUGAGGAGUGACUUUCGUCUGAUGUCAGCCCUGGCCAUGCAUACCAGAGUAAAUCCUCACAGACGUAUCGACAAACUCUUGGCAUUCAAUCGUCGAAUGCUCGGUGAAACCACGAUUCAAGAGGAGUUCAACAACUGGAACUUGAAACUCGAUACUAAACUCGUGGAAGUUCACGCAAGAAAACUGCUCCCAGAGAAAUUGCACUUUGGUAAUGAUAGGCAAGUCGAAGUUGGAGGCAAUGGUGAUUGGACAAAAAGCAGCAAAGAUAAGGGCUUGUAUAUGACAAUGACAUUGAAGGACUGGGUCGUCGUGGUGCCAGAGAGACUUAUCCAGGAGGCUAAGAGCUUCAUAUCAAUUAUUCGAUCAGCCACGAACUUCCAAAUAAGUGAGCCCCAGUACUUCGAGAUUCGCAGGGAACGAUGUGAAUCGUACACCGAGUGCCUCGAGAGGAUCAUGAGCAAAGCCAACCCCCAGAUGAUCAUGUGCAUUCUCGCGAAAAAUCGCGCUGACACGUAUUCAGCAAUCAAGAAAAAACUCUGUAUUGAUCGUCCAGUCCCCAGCCAAGUCAUCACUGCUCGGUGUCUCAGAGCCAAGGAGAUUAUGUCCAUUGCCAUGAAAAUCGCCAUUCAGAUGAACUGCAAGAUCGGGGGAAUACCCUGGACCAUUCAUAUUCCUCUCAGUGGCCUGAUGGUCGUGGGGUACGAUGUGUGUCACGAUAUUAAUAAAAAAGGCAUAGACUUCGGUGCCCUGGUGGCUUCUUUGGAUAAAAAGCUGUCUCGAUAUUUCUCGACAGUCUCAGCCCACACAUCUGGAGAGGAACUCUGCGACCACUUGUCUGCCAGCAUGGCCAAGGCUCUCCAGAAGUACAGAGAGGCUAAUAAUGGUGCCUUGCCAUCUAGUAUCCUCGUGUACAGAGAUGGUGUCAGUGAGGGUCAAAUUCCAUUCGUGGUAGAGCACGAGGUGAUGAAGGUGAAGCAAGCAAUUUCAAAAUUCUACGGGCAGGUAAUGCCUGUCAAACUGGGGUACAUUGUUGUGACCAAGAAAAUUAACACAAGACUUUUCUACAAAGGAAGAAAUCCUGAGCCUGGGACAGUGGUAGAUAACGUCAUCACUAAUCCCCAGCAGUAUGAUUUUUUUAUGGUAUCACAGGGUGUCAAACAGGGAACUGUCAGCCCAACGUCCUAUAGUGUCAUUUAUGACAGUCUGUCUCUGAAUCCAGACAAGAUUCAGAUCCUCACUUACAAAAUGACUCACGUCUACUACAACUGCAGCACCACGAUGAGAGUCCCAGCACCUGUGCAAUUAGCACAUAAAUUAUCUUUUCUUGUGUCACAAUCUAUCCACACACCUCCAACCAACAACACUCUGGAGAGUCUUCUCUACUUCCUUUAAAUUAAUAAUGAUU